GUCCCAUUUCUCCCAUGUUUCGUGAACGCAUUCCGUCUGUCGAGCGCGUUAAGAGGAAGUCGUUCUUUAGCAAUCACAGUGCCUUAAAAUUCAAAAAACCUGCAAAACGACAGCCACAAAUGAUUCAAAGGGAAGCCAUUUGGAACUGAAACGUUUCUUCCCAGCACUAGGUUAUCUCGUAUCCCUGCGCACCGGACGGUAUCUGCUCCUGAUCUAAGGCGGAGAUGACUACCGAGAAGACUGAAUACACUCCCGUGGUGGUGGGAGCAUCUCAGCCACCUCUCCCCGGGCAGCCAGCAUUUCCCGUUGCCUUUGGCACGAACGUGCCGGGUCCAAGUACGCUCGAGGGCCACGUACCUGGUGCUGGUGUCCAUCCCUUCCCUCCACCGACUGCGUUUGCACCCGGUGUCCCGGGAGAUUUCGGAAUGGCCGUGAACCCCAACCAAGGACAGUCAGGAUUCGCCAACCCAUCAUAUCCUGCAUAUCCUCCACCAGCAUAUGGCUUUAAUGAAAAUAUCGCAGGAGAAGUUUUCCAUAAUGAGGAUCCACCAGCUUUUCAUGAGAAUCAAGAGUUUGAUUUUGGAUUGGAUAACAAGACCAUACGACGAGCGUUUAUACGAAAGGUAUUCUUGGUGUUAACCGCUCAGCUCAUGGUGACAUUCGCAUUCGUGGCUGUUUUCACCUUUGUGGAACAGGUCAAGGUGUUUGUAGCGGCGAACAUGUGGACAUAUUUGGUGUCCUACAUUGUGUUCUUUGUGUCCAUUUGCGUGAUCAGCUGCUGUGGAAAUGUUCGUCGUAGACACCCUUGGAACCUGGUUGCACUGUCCAUUUUGACUCUAAGUAUGUCCUACAUGGUGGGAAUGAUCGCCAGCUUCCAUGAAACCGAUUCGGUGAUCAUGGCUGUGGGCAUCACAGCAAUUGUGUGCUUCACGGUGGUCAUCUUCUCUCUGCAGACCAAGUAUGACUUUACUUCCUGUUACGGGGUACUUUUCGUCUGUUUAAUUGUCUUGAUCGUCUUUGGCUUCCUCUGCAUCUUCAUCCGUGACAAAAUCCUGCAUAUUGUCUAUGCUGGACUGGGAGCAUUACUCUUCACCUGUUUCUUGGCUGUGGACACUCAGAUGCUUCUUGGCAACAAGGAACUGGCCCUGAGUCCCGAGGAAUACGUCUUUGCUGCUCUAAACCUGUACACAGACAUCAUCAACAUCUUCCUCUACAUUCUCGCCAUCAUUGGCAGAGCCAGAGGAGGCUGAGCAAAGGGAGCGACAAUCAAAACUGUUUUCUGUUCAAACACAGAAGCGAAUUCUGAUAAUGUUGAUUUUUGCUUUGCUUUGUAGUGUGUAUUCGUUACAUAGUUGAAGAUUGCUUUUGCCUCACCCAGUAAAUGUAGUUUUUGUAUGAUGCUAUGUAGUGCAAAUAGGACCACAUAGCCUCCAGCUUAGAGAUUGCUAGUUUUCUGCAGUAUAUGUACAAAACUUGUAUUUUGGUUUAGAAAAUUGUAUCCUAUGCCAAACAAAACCAUUAAAAAGGACAAAGGUUUGCCAAAAUGAUCCCAAGGUUUUUUCUUUUUGUUUUGGUGGUUUUUUUUGUUUGUUUUUUUUACCAGGAGGAGUUUUAAUUAGCCAGAAGAAUGCUUUGUUGAUAUCUAGUCUCAUUAGCAUGUGGACUUUGGGAUUGUUUUGUCAAAUUUUUGUUUGCUGGGAUCAAAAGUGAAUCUUUAAUGCUUAACCUAAAAAAAACAGCAGAAAUAAGAAGGGCUAAAAUGUGCAGUAGAUGAAACCGUAACUGCAGCCAAACCUAAAUAUAAAUGUAUGCGACUCCAUGACAGCUAGGCAAGAUUAAUCCAAUGAUGAAACCUUUUAAAAAGUGAUGAAUUAAUGGUCAUUCCUUCAUGUAUCGAGGAAACUUAAAAUCUUGAUGCGCUCUCUCUUUCUCUCUCUCUCUUUCUCUCUCUCUCUCUCUCUCUCUUUCUCUGUUUUCAUUGAACUAAAAGAAUCCUGUCAAAGUCAACUGCUGCCAGAGUUCUGUUGUCAUUUGAAUUGAUACAGUUUUGUUUUGAGGGCAUUUUGCGGCUUAGCUGUGAAACUGAGACCCUCCAAUGAAUCUGGAGCAAACUGCUGUGGCCUUGCGGUUAAAAAAUGACCAGCUCAGGCAGGACAAUGAUCAGCUGAAGUCGAUAUUAAGUGUGGUCAAAGAAAA